GUGAUAUUAGAUGUAUCAUUAACUGAAGUUGACUUUUAAAUUUGUUCUAAUGCCUGUCUUAUCUCAUUAGUUUACUUACAUUAUCUGUUGUGAUUAUAAUAUAAUACAGUAAGGUGAAUAGUGACAGUGCCACCUUGUCGAUAAUGGAUACAUUAUUCAUUAGUUCAACAUUUGAUUCAUUUGAUGUUCUGUAUACGUUACUAUUUGGACUUCUUGUAUUUUGCAUUAUGGCACCGACUACAGAGUUUAUUUCUGCUGGUGUAACAUUAGAGAAUUUGUUUAAUCGAUUUCUUGGUAAUGAAAGUCUAUACUUUGUACAGUAUCAUUUAAAAAGAACUGUGAUGAUACGAUUAUUUUCAUCGUCAUUGGUCUUUCUGUAUUUUAUGUUCAUGCAGUUUUUGUCCAAAAAUGUAGCAGUUUCUGCUCCAAAUAUUUCAUUUCCAUUUACAAUUUGGGAUGUGAUUUUAUGGAUUGGCAUAGGCAGUCUAACUGUCAUCGGGUCACAUACUUAUUUAGUUUGGUAUGGAUCUGGUACAUGGUAUGGUCAUCCAACAAUUUUAUCAUUAAAACGGAUUAUUAUGGAAUCACUGCCUGAUUCACAAUUGUCAUCUUCAGCUACAGCAUCAUCAUCCUUGUCAAAUGGCGCAUUUAGUGUCGCUAUAAAAGCUUUAAUAUCUUCAAUAAAUUCUGAAUAUCAACGUUCUGAUAAAUUCGUAGCAGGUCAAGGAAGUUUAUCAACUAAUUGGUCAGGUCGACGAUUUGUCAUCACAAAUUCGUGGAUUUUAACUUCACGUUUUACUGAAUUCAAAAUACUUAAACAAUCUUCGGAAAAUAUGUUAGCUGUUGUUGUUUCAGCAUGUUCAGUGCUGGAUCCAAGCUCUCUAACUCAAGGUGGUCAACCUGACGGAGAAAGUCUCGGUGUGCAAACAAUUGUUACAGUGAGAUUUAUACGUACAGAUACAGGAGUGUGUUUGCUUAGUUUUGGACUCGAAAACUAUUUUCGUCUUAAUACCGAACUGAAUGGGUGCAGAACAAAGUCAAAAAGAUCUGGUCAUUCUUCAUCUCUGCCUUCUUCGCCUCGAUAUGAUUGGCGUCGUUCAUCAUUAUCGGGACUUGUUAGUACCUCGUAUUUGGAAAACACUAACAAUAGUCGCAAUCAUGGUAGCUUUCAAAUUUCUUCUAAGCAAAAACACCAACAACGAAGUUCUGUAUCUAGUCUACCAAAAGAUACUUUUGCUUCAUCAUCAACUGAGCUGGGUUUAGAUAUAUGUCAAAGAUCGUCUUCGACUAAAUCGUUAAAUUACUCCUCAUUUGACAAGUUAUCCUCAACGACUAAUCGCAAACAAGCUGAUGUCGGCAUACUAAUUGUCAAUCGUGGUCGUCAAACUUCAAGUCAUUAUGAUUUAAGUGGCAGUAGAGAUAGUUGCAACAAUCAUACAGAAUUAGGUCGAGUUAUAUUGAAAAAACUUCAACGGAUUUCUACAUUUGAACCACUUUUGCCUACCAUGAAAGUACAGUAUCAUUCGUCAAUGGCAGCAACAAUAGCGAAUCAACCAUAUGCAUCAACUUCUCAAUCGAUUCCACCAUUAUCGUCGUCAAUGUCAACAGCAUUUAAAAAGAGACAACUUAUUCCACAUCUUCCAGAGUUUGAUUUUGAAGCGUUGGUGAAAAUGUCAUCAGUCUAUGAGCAAUAUUUGCAUAAAUAUACUACUGAAUUGUCACAAAAACAAUCUGAUCUGAUCAUUAUAGAAAAUAAAAUUGAUCGAGAUAUUUCACAACUUGUUGAAACACUUCAGGCACGUGAGAAAGGUAUCAACAAUAAUCAACAUUCCAUUAGUUCAAUAUUUCAAAGUCCUUUCAAUAGUCCAAAGAAAGUUAAUACAACUACAAAUUCAAUAAAUGACUCGACGAAAUUAUCCGGAUCUCAACAAAUUGAAAAUAUUGUUUUAUUAACUAGUCAAAUUUCAUGUUUAUUAACACAAUGCGAUGAAUUGAGUAAACAGUUAAUGAAUUCAAUAAAUAAUUUAAACGAAUUAUUACCUGAAUAA